AUGGCCUUUUCCUUCUCUCUGCAGCACUCGGUAAACUCUCCUCCUGAGCCUCACCGUGGGACCGCGAUGCAGGCUCCUCUGGCUCCUCUGGCUCCGCUGGUCAGCGCUAUAAAUACGCUUUAUGCCGUGUCCGUCAUCUGCCUGGAGAGAUAUCACACGGCUCGCUAUUUUCUGCCCGAAUCAAAAGCGAAAGUAUCGAUCGCUCCUCGCAACCAGAAGGAGGCUUCGCUAGCUGAACCGUGA